AUGGAUAUAGCCUUCAUUCGACCUGCCCAGGUGAUUACUGGCGUGACUGGCUAUAUAGGGUUUAAAACCUUGACCGUCGCUAUCAAGGAAAAAUACCGUGUUCGUGCUGUCGUUCGCAGAGAGCAAGACAUUCUCGGAUUGCAGCGCAAAAGCCCUAUCAUUACCAGUGCUCUUGGUCAGGGUCGGCUAGAAUUUGCACUGGUUCCCGACCUUUUGAGUAAGGACGCUGUGUUCAAUGUUCUUGAUGGUAUUACUGCAGUUAUUCAUCUAGCCUCGCCUUUAGCAGUUGAGAGCAAUGAUUAUGAGUCUUCGAUUAUUAAGCCCACAAUCUCUAUGGUAACGACCAUCUUGGAAGCGGCCCGUCGCGUCAAGACGAUCCGUCGAGUGAUUUUAACCUCUUCAUGUGUGACACUGAUUCCAUUUGAAUGGAACAUGUCUCCCGACAAUGAAAGACUCUACACAGGUAAAGAUCGUUCGCCAGAGCAUACCUGCAAGCAUAUCCUAAUCAGUACCAUAGAAAACGACCUGAACGAUAAGGUCACCGGUCCAUUUUCAAGCGCAAUGGAAGCUUAUUGGGCCGCUAAGGCCCUGGCACGAAUGGCAACCAAAAGCUUUAUCAGCCAGGGCAAAGCCCAAUUUGACAUUGUCAAUCUACUUCCCUCGGUGGUGAUCGGCCCCGACGACCGUCUACUUUACGAUGAUACUGCAACACGUGGAAAUCUGCUGGAAGGAACACGGGGUGCAGUACUUGCACCUGCUCUCUCCAGCUCCCUCAACUCUCCGUUUGACUAUGUCGGAGUCCCUGUUCAUGUGGCCGAUGUCGCGCGCGCCCACGUAGAUGCGGUAGACGAUGCUCUAGUCCCUGGAAAUUCCGAGUAUAUUCUUUGCUCUAAUACACCUGAAGGAGUGGUGUGGGAUCAAGAGAUAAAGCGAAUCGCUCGUCAGUAUUUCCCAACCGAUGUGGAAAAUAAGACGCUUCCGCUGGAAGGUUCCUUGGGGACUGUGAAAUGGCGUCUGGACGCGCUCUGGAGCGAGAAAGUAUUUGGGUGGCAAUUUACAAGCUUUGAGGAAACGAUGAGGGGCCUUAUUGAACAGUAUCUGCAGCUUAGGCCAGAAUAA